AUGCCCCCCUGGGAGCUCGUGUGGCAGGCGCCCGUGGACGAGGACGGCUGCCGCUCCACGGCGCCGUGGCCGGCAGCCGGCGCCGGCGGCCCGGCUGAGCGGUGCGGCUGCGACCUUCGAAUCCUCAGUUGGAGUUGGAGUUGCGCACGAAGUCAGCAGGUGUGGACGACUUCGAGUUCUGCUUGCUUCCCCCGCCCGGGCCUGUUGGAACCCUGCAGAGCCCACCGCCUGCCCACGCGCAACUCCCAGCCCGAACCGACCUGCUCACGGCGGAGCUUGAGACGGAGAAGCUGCAGAAGGCAUGUGAUGAAGAUAGUCGAAGAUUUGCAGGAAGAGAAUGAAACUCUGCAGCAGAGGAUUGCUUUGCUGACCCAGAAGGCGCAGAAGUCAGAGAUGACGCAGUGCGUCUUGCAGUUGAAGGCGCAGUGCGACGCCUUUUUGGCACCCCAGCUGGAGAUUUCACUUGAGCACGUCUCAGGUGCAACCCCGGCUUCGGAAGAUGCGGUGGACUCAUUCAGUCUUGUCGGUGAUCAGUCCGACAUGUACUCGGACACCAGCAGCCGCUCGGCCAAGUGCUUUCUGCCGAACACGGCCGUGCACGGCGUGGACGGCCACUUGCUGCGAGUGGAGAACUUGAAGAUCGGGGACCGCGUGCGGCUGCUGGACCAGACCGAAGCCUCCGUGCUGGGCAUGCACUUGCACCGCGCCAAGAAGCAGCCUUACAACUUGGUGGAGCUCACUACGCGCCAAGGCUGCGAAGCUUGCGCGGAGCGCGCAGACCACGGGGUGGGCAACACGGUCUUUGUGGGCGGCAAGCAGAAGUUGACCAAGGUCACCAGCCGACAGGAGCGCACGCACUUGUACGAGGUGGAGCCAGACGGCCCGCUGGAAAUGCUCCAGCUCUCGAGCUUCGGCUUGGUGACCUUUGGCAGUGUCGCUUCUGAUCAGCCUGGGGCGGAGUUGGGCGAGCUGAGGCCGGGCAUCGCGGCACACCGGGCUGCCUCGAUUCCUCGAAAGGCGAAGCGAGAGAUCGCUGAAGCACAAGGGACCUCCCGACGCAUUCCCAGCCCAGCCUUCCUCUGUGCCCACGGCUGCGCGGCGCCGGAUGGACGGAAGCGGAUGGAUCAGGAUGGCUACAGGGUGUCUUGCGCAACUUUUGCACGUUACCCAGAGAGGGCGCUGGUGUUUAUCGAUCCUCCCUACGAGCUCUUCGCAGACAACCUGAACUUCCUGUUGAGGGAAGCCCAGCUCAAGGCGCCGGAGUUGUUGCAGUGGACGGCAGUGGCGGCGGCGAAAGGGCCCGCGCUGGGAAAGCGGCUACAGGUCUGCCGCCACGAGAUCAGGUGGCCGUGCCUGGCAACGGCGAGCGGCGAGCCGAGGCUUCCAGUUGCAGGCACGCAGGGUGCGCAGUUUGGGCCGGGCUGCAUUGCGGCCUACCGGGCUGCUGCCUCGAUUCCACGCAAGGCCUUCGGCGUGCCUCACCGGAAGAUGACGCUGAGACAAGGGGACCUGGUCCUUUACGACUCGAGGACCAUGCACUGCGGAGGUGCCAACAACUCAGACCAGAGGCGGUCUGUCUUUUGCGGCGCCGGUGUUUCUCGAUCCUCCCAACGAGCUCUUCGCAGACAACCGGAACUUCCUGUUGAGGGAAGCCCAGCUCAAGGCGCCAGAGCUUUUUUUGCAGACGGCCUCAACAGUCGGGGGAGGCAAUGGCGGCACGGCCGCGCUGGGAAAGCGGCGACAGGUCCGCCACGGGAUCAGGGCUCCAGGACGCAGACCGGUGUGAACGCCCGGCUUCCGGCUGCAAGCAAACAGGGCACACAGCCGGGCAUCGCGGCACACCCGGCUGCCUCGAUUCGAAAGGCGAAGCGAGAGAUCGCUGAAGCACAAGGGACAUCCCGACGCAUUCCCAGCCCGGGCGAUGGACGGAAGCGGAUGGAACAGGAUGGCUACAGGGUGUCUUGCGGAACUUUUGCACGUUACCCAGAGAGGGCGCUGGUGUUUAUCGAUCCUCCCUACGAGCUCUUCGCAGACAACCUGAACUUCCUGUUGAGGGAAGCCCAGCUCAAGGCGCCGGAGCAAUCUUUUGCAGACAGCGGCGAAAGGGCCCGCGCUGGGAAAGCGGCAGGUCUGCCGCCACGAGAUCAGGUGGCCGUGCCUGGCAACGGCGAGCGGCGAGCCGAGGCAAGCGCUCGGGCCUCAACAGUCGGGGGAGGCAAUGGCGGCACGGCCGCGCUGGGAAAGCGGCGACAGGUCCGCCACGGGAUCAGGGCUCCAGGACGCGGACCGGCAGUGGCGGCGGCGAAAGGGCCCGCGCUGGGAAAGCGGCCACAGGUCUGCCGCCACGAGAUCAGGUGGCCGUGCCUGGCAACGGCGAGCGGCGAGCCGAGGCUUCCAGUUGCAGGCACGCAGGGUGCGCAGUUUGGGCCAGGCUGCGUCGCGGCACACGUGUAG